AUGAUCGACAGAGCUACGCUCGCGAGCCUCUUUGGCUAUGCGAGCAUAGCCUGCUGGCUCCUCGCACAGUUCCCGCAGGUCGUAAAGAACUGGCAACUGCAGAGCUGCGACGGUCUCUCGCUCCCUUUCUUGAUCAACUGGCUCGCUGGAGACGUCACCAACCUUAUCGGAUGCGUUCUGACGGACCAGCUGCCAUUCCAGACGUACCUCGCAACCUACUUUGUGUUCGUCGACGUGACCCUUGUGGGGCAGUACUUCUAUUAUGCGCCGAGGACGAAGCCUCCGCCGCAACCCGAGUCGAUGACUGCAAGCCCGCGAACGUCGCUGAUCCUUCCGCGAAGAACAUCGUCGUACUCGGAACACCACUCGCCGAUCCUUCCGCGACGAGGUGGAUCAGGCAAGGGCCACGCGCGCACUGCGCCAUGCGCCCCGCCCGUUGACAGUGCGGAGGCGAUGUACGCUGCGGCACUGGACGUGGCGCGCGCCGCCGAACGGAUCAGUCGGCGGGGUGGCUCCGGUCGAGGACGGCCACGACACCACCACACGCCCCCGCCAGAUGCGUCGAGUAGCACGGAGCACAUCCGCGGAAGCGUCAGCUCGUCGCAGUACUCGGAAGACGAGGAUGAUGAGACAAGAACCCACCACCAUCGUAUGACGCAGAGCCUCGUCUUACCACCUCGGCCGCCGCGGAGCUCGAGCUGGCUUUCCAACGACGAUCGAGGGCGAUCGCUCACAAGAAUAUCGGAUAUCGCGUCCGGCUCCCAGACUCCCGACACGCUCGAGUCCCAGCUUCCGGAGCUUCGACGACCAAAGCGGCACCACUCGCGCAGUCAAUCGGUCCGCGCCCAUGGCACUGGACGACGAGCCGCCGGCGUCGCCUUCAUGGGACUCGGGUUCAUAUUCAUGCGUGCGACGUCGACGGGAGGAGAAGCGGGAUCGACUGCCGGCGGUCACGUUGUGCCGAUCGCGAGCGAGGCGGAGAUGACGAGCCACCCGUGGUGGCAGCCGAAGUAUCCGGCACCGCUGCCCAGCCUUUACGACGCACCGACGACUGUCGUCACGUUCGCGAACAGCUCGCACCCGGGCGGCGGCCACGACGAUGAUGACGAUGACGACAAGCCCGGUGGCCCUCACAAACCCGAGCCCAUCAACAUCCGCGAGUUAAUCGGUCGCUUCCAACGAAGGAGUGUUGAAGGACUGUCAAUGCUGCUAUUCCUGAUGGCGUUCUGCGGUAACGUCUUCUACGUCCUGUCCAUCCUUGUCGCGCCCGUCAAGCCCGAUGAGCAGAUCCACUAUCUCUUCCUCGCUCAUCUAUGGCAAGAACAAGCCGAAGGAGCCGCAUGUCCGGCCGCCGCGCCGCUCAAGGACGUACGCGAGCUUCGGCCGUUCGCGCUCCCGACACCCAGAGGACGGCGAGCGCCGCCCGCUCCUCGGAAACCACCACAGGAGGAGUCAUACGGACCCCCAUUACCACAGCCCGGGGUACCAAAGUGCGCAGACGCACAGCGCGACGGGCAGCAGUGUUGUCUCGCCCACCAGCAGCCCGCAGAAGCGAACGUUAGGGUUAGAGAUGACGCUUGGGGAUGA